UAUCGGUUAUCGUAUCGGCCAAAAUUUCCAUAUCGGUGCAUCCCUAGAUAGAAUGAUGCAUAGAUGAUACACAGAUGAAUGUAUAAAUGAAUAGAUGGAUACAUAGAUGGAUAGAUUGAUGGAUUUAUAGAUGAAUGGAUGAAUGGACAGAUAGAUGGAUGGAUGGGUGGAUGUAGAUGAUUGAUGGAUUUAUAGAUGAUGGAUGGAUAAAUGGAUAGGUAGGUCAAUCGAUAAAAUAAAGGAUGCAUUGGAUGGAUGGAUGCAUAUGUAGAUGAUUAAUGGAUAUUUAGAUAUAUAGAUGGAUGGAUAUGUAGAUGAUUGAUGGAUUUAUAAAUGGAUGGAUGGAUAAAUGGAUUGAUAGAUGGAUAGAUUGAUGGAUGGAUGCAAAUGUAGAUGAUGGAUGGAUUUAAAGGUGGAUGAAGGAUAUGUAGAUGAGUGAUGGAUAUAUAGAUGGAUGGAUGGAUAUUUAGAUGAUAGAUGGAUGGAUGAAUCGAUUGCUAGAUGGAUGGAUGGAUGGAUGAAUGCAUACGUAGAUGAUUGAUGGAUUUAUAGAUGGAUGUAUAUGUAGAUGAUUGAUGGAUUUAUAGGUGGAUAAUGGAUAUGUAGAUGAUUGAUGGAUAUAUUGAUAGAUGGAUGGAUAUUUAGAUGAUGGAUGGAUGGAUGGAUGGAUGGGUAGACAUAGAUAGAUAUACAUUGAUUGACAGACAGACCAAAAUAAGGCCUCGUUUUUAUUAUUCGCAACCAUGUAAAAACAUUGUCUCAUCAUGAUGCUUCAUCUCUGAUUAUGUUUUAAAAGAAUUAAAAAGGCCUCUAAACUCAUCGCUGACCCACACGCAGAAGAACCAAACUCAGAUCCACAAGAAACCUCCAAACUGUUCUCAGAUCAGCUGCUGUGGGGAAAUUCCACCAGCACAUGACAGGAGUGUGUUGCCGUGGCUCGUCUGUUGGGUGUUUGUAUAUCCUUCUGUGCUUGUAGGUUAGCCAUGAUGGGAGUCCAGACACACACAAUCCCCUGAACAUGCUGAGAGAGAGAGAGAGAGAGAGAGAGAGAGAGAGAGAGAGAGAAAGAGAGAGAGAGGUCUUGGCUUGGAGGAAUUUGGACCUCUCAGUCUUGAAACAGCCGGCCCAGUUUGGACUCAGACCUGGUGUUAAUAUUCUUUUUUUCUCCAAUACAAAUCUGUUGUGUAGCAACCCCCAGAUUCUCUUUUAUCCACAAACCGCAUGUGUUUUUAAACGCACAGCCAUACACACACAUGCAUGUGCACAUGCACAUACUGAGAGAUGAACAGGUACACAUAUAUGAACGGCCAAGGAUAUUAAAAUAGAGAGACACUGAGAAUAACAUUGUAAUGUCAAAGGGGACCAUUUUUUUCCUUUUUUGAGGCAAAAGGGAAAUCAUUUAUCAUUUGAAUAAUUUGGACAGACUAUUUAUAAUAUAGAGAGGUAAUAUUAAUCCCCACUGAUAGACUGUUUUACGUCAACUAAUUAUGUAAUACUAAACCUGCAGGAAAUGACAUCAAAAAAUUGUAGGAAGUUUUCUUUGCAUUAGCGGUUAGCAAAUGUAAACGUAAUUUUCAUCAUUAAAAUAGAGCAUGAAACACCUGUAUAUAUUUAGUAAGUGUGUUUAUAUGUGCAUGUAUGUGAAUGUGUGUGUGUGUGUGUGUGUGUGUGUGUGCACUCACUGAAAAUGAAAGCACAGAUUUGUGGUGUUCAGUGCAGCCCACAGUAACCCACCCACCUACCCACCCCAUCUCUCAUCUCUCCGAGUCUCUUUCUCUUUCUUUUUGUUGCCCGUUUGUCUUUACACCUCCCACUCUCAGGUUUAGACGCUUGCUGACCUCAUGGAGGACUCCCCCUCGCGCGGGCGGAUGGGUGAAGGUGUGAUUCUGAGUUGAUUGAUGCUUCUGCAGCGCACCACUGAUUCUUAUUCAUCACAGAUGCAUCAAGACAAGCGUUACGUGUCGAGUUUUGCCAGGAGGGCCCGUCCCAGAUGCCAGGCAUCAGAAUUACAAAGGCUUUUAUCAAACUGAAGAAAGAAAGACAUAAACAUCUUGAAUGACACGGGGGUUUGUGCUACAGACAUGAACGAUCCUCCAGAUGAGGAAAUAUGUGAUGUAUACAUCAUGCGACAAUAGUCGGAACGUUCAACAAUACAAGCACACAAAUCUCAUCUGAGAGCUACAUCUCAAGAAGAAGAAGGGGGGAGUGCGUGUGAUGAUAUAUGUGAGGUGCAUGCUGGGGGAUUCCUCAUACUGCUGGAGGUGUCAUGCUGUUGGUGUUUGCUGAAGGAAAUCUUGGUAGCUUGUUCACGUCGCUACAAUGAUUCAAGCCUGCUCUUCAGUGUCCCGUACUGUACACGGUCCCAGGGCUCUGUGAUCGCAAGUAUGAGUGACAGUAUUACUGGAGUGUGUAAUGAAGACAUGAACGCAAAUCUCACUGCCUGUGUCUCCGUGUCAGUCCUCAUCUGCAGAUCUCCUCUUCUGAAGCGUUUCUGAAGGAGGAGCAAUGAAAGAAGGUCUGGUUGAGAAGGUGCAGGGAAGUUUGAAGUGAGGAUAUACAUGAGGAAUCAACAGGAAAACUGUUUCAAUAGGAAGACAGAAGAAGGACAGAAGAGCUUCUUCCUGUCUUGUUCUUCAGUGGAUCCUGUGAAGAUUCCCAGUUCUUCUCAGCUGGACAAUACAGUGGAGAGAAAACCACAGACUUGAUGAAAGAGGAACCUGAGCCAAAUCCAGGAAUCUGGGGGUGGAAUGUUUUCAACUGUAAAACAGUCCGUGUGGAUGCCACAUCCAGAAUCAAAGUCACAAACUGCCCUCUAGUGGUGUGAGCACCGCCGAAACAUUUACCACACAUCCAUUUGAAACUCCUGCUUGUUUGGAGGAGAGAUGGAUUCAUUCCUUCCGAAUGCUGUGUUGACCUGUGACUAUGUCCCUGAUAACGGACUUUCGUCUGAGGUCGGCUGCGCUGCCGGUGGAUUGAAUCCAAGUGGAGGAGAAGAGAAGAAAAUCCCAACAAUGUUGGGAUGGAGAUGUGAUGAUGACGGAAUGGAUUUUGUCCUUCCAAGUGCUGUCCUUGACAUUGUCCCGAACAACGGACAUUUGUUAGACAGACACGCCGGUAGUUCACAUCCACGAGGAGGAGUAAAGGAGUUUACUCCUGCAAUCGAGGAGGCGAACAGCCCCAAAGAAAAAUGCAUGAAAAAAAUCUUGAACUCAAUAAAGAAGGGAUGGAAUAAUGUUAUGCACCCAUGCCUUCAGAAUGAUAAGGUGGAAACACUGAUUCCUUCAGAGCUUAAUGCAGAUUCAGCUAUUCCUAAUCUGAAGGAUGAUGCUGGUCUGGGGAGCUCUGAAUUAAACACUGAAAUCAAACCGGACAAACGAAAGGCUUUCUUUGGCUGUCUCUGGAGGGGCAAGGUGGAGUCAAUGCCGACUCCACAGCUUAAAGCCGAUCCAGCUAUCCCUGAUGUUAGGGAAGUUGUUGAUCCGGCAUCUCAGUCAAAGACCUACGUUAGUCUGAAGAAACAGAAACAAAAGGCUUCAAAGAGCCGCAAAUUUAACCUCCAGGGAGAAAAAGUGACUGUUGUGCCAACUCAACAGCCCAAGGCUAUUUCAGAUAUUCCUGUUGGCAUGGAUGUUCCUGCUCUGGCCGGCCCCCAAUCAAAAACAAAGAUUCAUCCGGAUAGUCGCAAGACAUUGAAGCAACGCAUCUUUGGAUGCUUCCGGAGGGGCAAAGUGGAGUCAAUCCCGAUUUCACAGAUUGAAGCCGAUCCAGCUAUCCCUGAUGCCAGGGAAGUUAUUGAUCAGGCAGAUUCUCAAUCAAAGAUUGUUGGCUUAAAGAAAAACAAAAAAAAGGCUUCAAAGAGCCGCUUAUUUCACAACCCUUGGAGAAAAAAAGGGAAAGAAGUGAAAAAAGAUGCCGAUCCAGCUAUUCCUGAUGCCAUGGAUGGUGCGGAUCUGGCCAGUUAUGAUGGUAUCGCUGCAGCCAAUGCCAGGCUACAGAAGAUAGGUGCCAUUCUAGAGAAUAUUGGGUUAAAAGGUGGUGGAAAUCCCGACCCAAAUAAAGCUACUGGGUCAAAAGAUGAUAAAGAUGUCAGGCCAAAAGCUCUUGCAAAUCCCAGACAUCCUUGGAUUCAUAACCCAAGUAGAUUUAAAAAUCUUGGGCCUAAAGAUGAUAAAGAUGUCAGGCCAAAAGCUGUUGGAAAUCUCAGACAUCCUUGGAUUCAUAACCCAAGUAGAUUUAAAAAUCUUGGGCCUAAAGAUGAUAAAGAUGUCAGGCCAAAAGCUGUUGGAAAUCUCAGACAUCCUUGGAUUCAUAACCCAAGUAGAUUUAAAAAUCUUGGGCCUAAAGAUGACAAAGUGGUCAGGCCAAAAGCUGUUGAAAAUCCUGGACCAAAAGAAGAUGGAAAUCCUACGGCAAAAGAAGAUAAAAAUCCCAGUCCAAAAGCUCUUGAAAAUCCCUUGCCAGAAGAUGAUAGAGUUGUCAGGCCAAAAAUUCCAAAUCUUUGUCUACAUGCUUUUAAACCGCCAAGCGAGAAGAAACCAGCUAAUCCCCCAGUGCCUAAAGACACUCUUGAAUCUAAAUAUGUACUCUUGGAGAAUGAAGUGCUUGGGCAAGGUGGCUUUGGCAAAGUGUUCAAAGGGAUCAGUAAAUCGGAUGGCACUCCGGUUGCCAUCAAGCAAUUUUUCAAACUAAAUAAUAAAAGAACUCUUCAGAUUCCUGGACACCGUAAACCGCUCAUUACAGAAGUGGCGCUGAUGCUUAAGUUAAGAGAUGCACCCUCAUGCCCCAAUGUCAUUAAAAUGUAUGACUGGUUUGAGACUAGUUACUAUAUCAAUCUCGUGUUGGAGUACUCUCUGCACAGCGUAUCCUUGUGGGAUUUUAUUUAUUGUUAUGGAAGACUAACAGAAAAUACAGCAAAACAUCUCAUGCGUCAGGCGGUACUGGCAGUGCAACACUGUCUGGAUAAUGGAGUUGUCCACACAGACCUCCAUCCCAGAAACUUCUUGGUGGAGCAAUCAACAAUGACCCUGAAGUUAAUUGACUUUGGGUCUGGACAUCUUCUUACAUAUGAUGGCUAUAAGUCCUGUGACUUUAUAGGAGCUGAAUGUUGCACCCCGCCUGAGAUCAAAAGGGCUAGGAAAUUCCACGCCAUGCCAGCAAACGUCUGGGCCUUAGGUGCUUUGCUGUUCUUUAUGGUGCUUGGAACUUACCCCGUAGAUGACUUUUAUUCCUGGGAUCUGAUGGAUAAUAAGAAGCGUUUAUCAAAGGAAAUCUGCGAUCUGAUAAGUUGGUGCCUGGCCAAGAAUCCAAGUGAUCGUCUGACGCUGAAGCAGAUCUUAGAUCAUGACUGGUUUAAAACGGAGCCUGACGAAGGAGAGCUACUCUUUUACAAAAUUAGGGCGCUAUCCACAUAAAUAUAAAAAGGAUGAAGCUUAAUGACUGAAGGAGAGAGGAAUGAUGGGAGAUGCUGUUUUCAUGGAUGAGCAUGGACACAAUUACAGAAAUCUCAAAGAGAGAUGAGCCAUUAUUUAAAACAGGAAUUUCUGCAUAAUCCUCAGAAGUCAUGACCAAAGACACUGGCUGAAUGUCUGAUGCAGAUCCUGUCUCGUCCUUGAACACAUUAAAUAAAAAUGUUUUCAUUCAUAUUGUUUUAAUCAUUUUAAGUUGUAUAAUAUAGUAUUUAAUAUAUAGUAUGUCCAUUAUAGAAUCAGCUGUCUGGCUCUCUCUUUAGGGUUUUUUUCUCCUACAGUAGGAGUUUAGGGAGUCAGCUUACAUUGGCUUAACUUAAAUCUCUCUUCUAUACAUUACAUUAUUACAAUGCUUGAUAGUUCAGUUUAAUCUGUACUUUGCAACUUUUCUUGUUCCUUGCUUUUUCUGUGUCUUUUCUUUUUUAUUAAUGUAAAGUUGCUUUGAAAUAAUUAAACGAUUGUGAAAAGUGCUACAGAAUAUAAAUAAAAUUGAAUUGAAUAUGGAAGACUUUCUUUAACAGAUGUUUUAAUUUGCUUUUUUUACUUUUUUAUUUGAUCAAACUGAUUAACUUGGGUUACUUACAGUAUGUACAUGUUUUUCAUAUGUCAUGAUUUUGAUAGCCUGUGUAUAAAAAUACUGCCAAGAAAGCAUUUUGGUUUUAUGAACAUGCAGACAAACCUGUCGCUGUUCUGAUUUAUUGUUGUUUUAUCAAUGACAGAAAUAAUUAGUAGCGUUCUUUUAAGCCUUGUGUUACAAUCCAUAUAUUUUAUUUAACAGAGCAAUAAAUGUUUGGUCAUUUCUUAUUUUCUCCUUAUUUACUAUCUCAUUUCUUGUCUUACGCUACAAAGUGUAAAAAUGAAAUGCAACAUGCAAAGGAGAAAAAAAUAUAUAUUAAAGGAACAACAAUAUAUACAAUGCGCAUAGAGUAUGAUGGUUACAGCCCUAGCCCAAAUAAAGGAAAAUUUAUUUUUCUGCCUGUCUGAGACUAUAGGGAUUAAAAUCUACUUUUGAAGAUUUGUAGAAUAAGUUACAGAUAUGCAAAAGGAAAGUAAACAAUGACGCAAGUUAUCGUCUCCAGCAUAAAUCUCUUUUCUAUGACUAUAACAAACACAUGGUUUGUAGGCAGGGCCACAAUUAAUGUUGGAGGCCCCUCACACCCGUCUAAUUUUCUAAAUGAUGUGAGAAGGUGUUUUUUCUGCCCUGUAAGAAAUAAUUUAAGCACUACAGUGAUUAAACAUGUUUUUCCCCAUAACUUUUCUUUUUUAUCAAGUUAACAAAUUGAUUACAUUUAUGUUAAAAUAAAACCACGUGUUAAACAUUUUAAGGGACGACAAAUUUGUUGUAACACAGAAUAACAGUUUUGUUUUCUCCAAAGAGUAACAUUAAAAAGACAAAAAUACAUUACAAAAGUUCUAACCGUAAAAAAACUACAGAUGAAAGCUUUUAUUGUUUUGUUUUUUAUUUU